CGUUGGAGAUCGACUGAAAUGCAACCAUGCACUUUUGGGAACGAAUACAACGAGAAAGCGAAACAAAGUGCAAAACAUUAGUCAGCUGCUAAAAAAAAUCAAUAAACAGUCCAUGGCAACGAAAAAUAAAAAGUCGAAACAUUGCAAUUUUCUCAAGUGCAAAAAUAUACUUUAAUAAUUUUUUACUGUCAAUCUUAAAAUUAUAACAAAAUGCCGCAGGAACCACAAUUAACCUCUCCCGAAUUGGAGGGUGAUGAAAUUGAAAAUGUGCGAGUUGUCGUACGAGUACGCCCAAUGGAGAAAUCGGAAUUGAAUUCAGGUGCAGCUAAUGUUAUACAAGUGGAUAAAAUCAAUCGGGCCAUCACAGCGGUAAAGCCCAACGCCCCCAAUGAGCCACCCAAGACGUACUACUUUGAUAAUGUUUUCAGUAGUGACUCAAAUCAACUCGACUUGUAUGUGGACACGGCACGCCCUAUAGUUGAGAAGGUGCUUGAGGGCUAUAAUGGCACCAUAUUUGCUUAUGGACAAACGGGUACGGGUAAAACCUACACCAUGUCCGGUAAUCCUGAUUCACCGCAAACUAAGGGCAUCAUACCGAAUGCAUUUGCACACAUUUUCGGUCACAUAGCUAAAGCUAGAGAAAAUCAGAAAUUUUUGGUACGUGUUAGCUAUAUGGAGAUUUACAAUGAAGAAGUACGCGAUCUGUUGGGAAAAGAUGUUAGCAAGAGUCUUGAGGUGAAAGAACGACCAGAUAUUGGUGUAUUUGUUAAGGAUCUAAGCGGUUAUGUAGUGCAUAAUGCCGACGACUUGGAGAAUAUAAUGCGCCUGGGUAAUAAAAAUCGUGUAGUGGGUGCCACCAAAAUGAAUCAAGAGUCAUCGCGUUCACAUGCCAUCUUCUCGAUAACGGUUGAAAGCAGUGAAUUGAGUCAGGGCGAUAUGACGAAUGUUAAAAUGGGCAAGUUGCAGCUUGUUGAUUUGGCUGGUUCGGAGCGGCAAAGCAGAACACAGGCGAGUGGACAACGCUUAAAAGAAGCAACAAAAAUUAAUUUAUCAUUAUCUGUUUUGGGUAAUGUUAUAAGUGCACUGGUUGAUGGAAAAAGUACACAUAUACCCUAUCGUAAUUCGAAACUAACACGUUUGCUGCAAGACUCGUUAGGUGGCAACUCGAAGACAGUUAUGUGUGCUACCAUUAGUCCGUCAGAUAUUAAUUAUAUGGAAACCAUAUCCACAUUAAGGUAUGCUAGUCGUGCCAAGAAUAUACAGAAUCGUAUGCGCGUUAAUGAGGAACCCAAAGAUGCCUUACUACGUCAUUUCCAAGAGGAGAUUGCACGUUUGCGUAAACAGCUGGAGGAAAACAGUCAUGAAGACCAAAUUUCGGAGGAAGAUGAAGAAGACGUAGAUGACGAUGAAGCUGAUAUUGAAAUCGAAAUCGAGGAGGCACCUGCUGUUAAUGGCAAGAAAUCCAAGAAACGCGAAAAAAGUGAUGCUGAAAAGGAGGAAAAAGAAAGACGCGCACGCGAACAUCAGCAAGAAAUUGAGCAUGCUAAAUCUGAACAGGAACAAUUGCGUAGCAAGUUAAUGUCGCUGGAGGGCAAGAUUUUGGUUGGUGGAGAAAAUUUGUUAGAAAAAGCGCAAACACAGGAGAUGCUACUUGAACAAUCACUUGCUGAAUUGGAAGAGCGCGAACAGGCAGAGAAGGCAUUGCAGCAGACAUUACAACAAAAAGAAACUGAACGCAUAGAUAUUGAAGAACGUUACUCCUCGCUACAGGAAGCAAGUACUGGCAGCACGAAGAAAAUUCAUAGAGUCAUGCAAAUGUUAAUGAGCGUCAAAUCCGAAUUGGCUGAUCAACAGCAAGAGCAUCAACGUGAAAAGGAAGGUAUUUACGAGAAUAUAAGAAGCUUGUCACGCGAGUUGGCACUGUGCGAAUUAGUACUCAAUUCUUACAUACCCAAGGAAUAUCAGUCAAUGAUCAAUCAAUAUACACACUGGAAUGAAGACAUUGGCGAAUGGCAACUCAAAUGUGUGGCUUACACCGGUAACAAUAUGCGUAAACACAUCGCGGAGCCGCAAGAAUCAACAAACAAGCAGGAGUUCAUGGAUCUAUCGCAUGUUUACUUGAGUUACAAUACCGAUAGUGUAACAAAUCCUGUGCGUGCAAAAUCGGCGCGUCCACGUACUUCGGGUGUACCGCGUCCAACCACAGCACGGCGUUACUGAAUAACAACAGUAUUUAAUGAUAUAAAUUCCACACACUUUUGUAUAUUUUAUUUGUUGUUACAUUUAAGUUGUGUUGUUUGUUUUUUAUAUUUUAGUUUUAGAUUUUGUUGGUUUUGCAUUUUUACGACUCGAAUUAAUGUUUAAACUAAGCACAUAAAAAUGCAUUUAUUUAUAUUAUUUUACAGUCUUGCGUUCCACUAUAUGCAUUAUUGAUACAGAUUGAAUUUUUUUGCUGAUUAAAACAUUUAAUUCAUUGUAUAGAUUAGAAUCUAUACAAUGAUUUAAUUUACAAUAAAAGUCCAAUAAACACUAAACACAGAAAAUGUAUAUCCGUUAUAAAUUUGUUGUUGGGAAACUGAAAA